UCAAGACUAACGUGUUUUCCGUACACAACGGGCAUGAACGACGCUUCGCGUUAUUAUUCGGCACGUGGAUUUGUCGCGCAGAAUUAUUGAGAUAUAUUCGAAUUAUUACUUAGUGUAGAGGAGCAGAGGUAUUGUGAAUGUUUGUCUGUAUAUUUUUCAUUCAGAACAAAAAGUUCAGACUGUGGUGAAAUGAGCUACCAAGGGGGCGGGGGGAACUGGAGAGGGGGAGGUGGCUAUCGUGGGGGAGGGGGUGGCAGGGGUAGCAACAGAGGGGGAAGGGGUGGUGGCAGAGGGGGUGGGGGGUUCCGAGGAGGGCGUGGUGGCAGGGGAGGUGGACGAGGGGGAUUUGGGCAAAGCUUUGGACCACCAGAGGAAGUAGUAGAGGUAGGCUCUUACUUGCAUCCUUGCCAGGACGACAUGGUAGUGAAGGGAACCCAUGAAAAGAUCCCUUACUUCAAUGCGCCCAUCUUCCUCGGCAACAAGGAGCAGAUCGGGAAGGUGGACGAGAUCUUCGGACAUCUCACCGACUAUUACUUUUCAGUCAAGAUGUCAGAGAACAUGAAAGUGUCUUCAUUCAGCAAAGAACAGAAGCUUUACAUUGAUCCCAUGAAGCUCCUGCCAUUGCAGCGCUUCCUUCCAAAGCCCCCCGGCUCAGUCCAGAAAAGGGGCGGUCCUCGGGGACGGGGGCAGGGAAGAGGGGGCGGAGCGAGGGGCAGAGGGGGUCGAGGAGGUGGUGGUGGAUUCCGUGGGUGGGGCGGAGGAGGUGACAGAGGAUUCCGAGGAGGGCGGGGAAGAGGCAGUUUUUCUAGGGGUUUCAACCGAGGUGGACGAUGACCACUGUGAAUUAGAGGUGGAUGACCUAUGUCAGAUGAAGACUACUCCGGGGCAGAUCAAGGGGUAUAGAGGGUCGCUGUAUGUGUACCACAGCAUAUCCAUGUUUUACUUUACACAUGGCUGAGAAAUUGAAUUCUGUUACAGUGUACUUGAUUUAACUGUUAACAAUUGUUGAAUAAUUGUAAGUUUUCUUCCUCAUGUAGUUUAACUUUUAUUUAGUCAAAAUUUUAUACAUCAGUCUGCGCAAAAACUCUUAUGUCAUCUGUUUUGAGCUUGAAAAUUUCCCCGGGUUGAAUUUGAUGUUGAUCCAGUAUCAAGUCAACUGCCCACUGUCUAGUGAAAAAUAAUUGUCCUGCAUACAGAUUUAUAAGAAAAGAACUUUCAGACAGACUUUCAGACAAUUAAUUAAAUAAAAGUAAGCGCAACAAAUAUGCAUGGUCUAGCAGAAGACUUUAAUUAUAAUUAAAUUUGCCCAAUUGAUGUGUAGGAAUUCGGCCAUUAUCUCUUGCAUUUUAAAGCGGCACUUUUAACAUUGAUUCGUAAACCACUUAUGAGUUUGUUGUCAAUCAAUGUUUGGUGUUGGCACUCUGCAUCAGGUAUCCUUCUUUUGAGUUCAAGUAGUGUCGCUCAGCGAUAUCUAACAGUGGUUAAAUGCUAAACCACUUGUCGCUUGUCUUGAAACUGACACAAAUCCUACAGAAUCUUCUACGCCACUGUUGUAACAAGGGAAUUUGUCAAGUUCCAAAGACAUUGUUACCAAGGUGGUGGACCAUAACAAGAGGUGCUUUCAUUGCACCCCGUACUCAUAAAGAAACAUCAAAGCCCCUUUAAGUAAUACGGAUUAUGUUGCACAUCUCAGUCUUCCAAAUUCUCAGAUCUUUUCAAUGGAUUCUGAAUGGUUUGGGAGGGUUUGGGCAGAUACCUCUAUGGACAGAAUGGAGAAGUCACCCGUGUACAAUAAGCUGAGGUUUAUAAAUAAAUACGUAACUACUUUCCCAUUCCUUAUUUUUGA